AUCUAAAAUGUCGGUGGGUGAAUGGAGAACAGGUCCGGGUUGUGAAACGCACUUCAGAUUUCCUGGGUAUGUGUCUACGCCUCCUGACGUCAGAGAUCUGCUGGAAACACCUGGAGGAAGAAGGAGCAGGUCGAGGAGUCCACCAGAAAGUGUCAGAGUGUCUCAGGGUCCCGGGGACACGUGUCCUCACCGUCCCGCUCUUUACUGGGGAUUCAAAGACCCUUACACCCGCAGCUGUCCCGCUGACGUUCGAGUCCCGCGGACAUUGUGGUUUCUUGUUUAAAAACUAAGUGUGUAGCGCUGAAGACUUCCGGGUUCAGACUUCAGGCGUCUCCUCUGGGUGCAAAAGACAGAACAGCGACAUGGGUGAGGACAUCCCGCUUAACCAUCUGAACCACAGGGAGGGAGAACUCGAUCCUGCUCUUGAACCACUUGCAGGAAAUGGCGACGCGUUGCUCUCAGUUCGGGCACCACAGGAUAAAAUGGACGUGGGAACUCCUCGCAGUAACGGAGAGACCAGCAACGUCUACAGGAUUAAGAGAGAACUGAAAGAGAACGUCAAACCGUGGAUGGUCGUUGUCGCCAUUCUUGUUCUCAUCGCUGCUGUGAUAAUUCUUUCGGUUGUGAUCUGCUCAGCGCUUCAGGACGACGUGGACGACAAGUUCGACUCGUCCACGUUUGUGAUUCCUCUGCGUUUCAACGGGAGCUUCCAGCUUCCUAAUAUGGUCUUCACGGAGGAACUUCUCAUCCUCUCCUCCAGUGAAAGCCAAGCUCUGACAGCUGAGCUUCAAGAAAAGCUGGCUGAGCUCUACACCGCCUCCCCUGCUCUGGGACGAUACUUCUCCAAAGCCGAGAUCUAUUCCUUACGGAACGGAUCCAUCAUCGCUGACUACGAGCUGACGUUCCUCAUGCCUGAAGAGACGCAGGGUCAGCUGAGAAACUACACCCUGAGUAGGGAGAUGGUUUACAACGUGUUCAGACAGUUUCUAUACGACCACGACUCGGAGGAUUCUGCUCCCACCUACAUUGAUCCCCUCUCCUUGAACAUGUUUGGAAGACUGUAUUGACGGAAAGAAAACCUGCUCAAACAAACAUCACAGAGAACCAGAGGAUCCGGUUCUCUGUGGGAUUGAAGUGGGACGGUUCACCUCCCACAGCACUGUGGCUUUCGGCAGCGUGUGAUUUCUCAGACGUGCGUGUGACUUUUGCAACGCGUGUGUAGCACAGGAAGCUUCAUGGCCACAGUCACACAAACCCACAGGGUGUGUGGGUCUGUGUGCAGGUCAUAUGAAGGCUCUCAAUUUGUGUAGACUUUGAAUAAUAUCAAUAAUGAAACCAAACGCGUUGCUGCGUUCAUAGAGUAAUAUAAACACAUGCAAAGUGCCAGUUACAUCCUCAGGACUUUGUGUUUUAAAUAUUAUUACAAUGUGUUACUGUGCCUCGUUUAUGUUUAUUCCUCACAAGAGUAUUGGUAAAAAUAUCACGGUUAUGAUCACUGUAAUUUAACCUGUGAUUAUAUUUGUACAUAAAUGUUUUACACAAAGUUAGUAAUUGUACAAGUGUUAAUAUUUGCAUGUCUGUGCCAUGUUGGAGAAUUUGCCUUGAAAGUAGCAAACACUGUAGGAAAAUCAGCUAUCAUGGGAAAAGUGGUCAGUUAUUUUAAGAUGCACCUGCCCCGUUUAUUGUAUACACUCAAAAAAACCCUUUGUGCAAUAUCUCACACAUAUCUCACACCUUUCUGACAUUUUUCUACAUGUCAGAAAGGUUUUGUUUGACCGGUCUGUUUUUUUCUUUCUAUGGUUGACCACUAGGGGGCAUACAUAUGCCACAUGCAGCAGUAACCAUUUUUUUUAUUCCAUGUGAAGAGAACUAUCAAUAAUUUGUAUUGAUUAUCUCCCUCUUGAACACAAUGACUCAUAUUGUGUUGCAGAUUAUCUUUGCUGAUAUAUAUAUAUAUAUAUAUAUAUAUAUGUAGUUGCUGCUGUGUCAGUGGGUCUGUGGCCUUGCAGUGGCCACGUCAACAUGUUGGUUUCUCUAAUGGGAUUUCUGCUGUGAUUAAUGUUGAUGCCAAAUCACCCGGUGACAGACAGCUGCUCUUCCACCAGAAGGUCUUCAUGAAGGCAAUGAGACCUGAGGAAGAGUUAAAGCUUGAGCCAAAAAACAGACACCUAUUGCCAUUUAUGUUUAUUUUCAAUACUAAGAAAUCAGAUUUAAUUUGAAUGGUUUGAUUAAAACCAAAUGAGUCAACAUGAGAAAAAAUUAAUGUUUUUAAGAUUAAGUGUUUUUACGGCAGUUAAUGUGAAGCCCAAGUUACUAAAGUCAUCCAGUUUUAUAGAAAUAUUUUUGUCAAUCAUUUCUUGUACAGUUAACUGGACAAUCAUAACCUUAAAACCAAGAUAUGGUGUAAAUAAGUAUUAAGUUAGCUUGAAUACAAGUUUUGGGGAAUUUUAUAUGGAAAUAAAUGAUAUUGUAUGUAAAAA